AUGCGAGAGCCACAACAAUUUACAGUUCCUCAACUGAAAGCAAAACUACAAGAACGGGACUUGCCGUCAACAGGUUCGAAAAGCGAAUUGAUCGCUCGUUUAGAAGAAGCUGAUCCGAGCGGCGACUGGAGAAAAGAACUAGGGAUCGAUGAAAUGCCUCAGAGCGACAUUAUAACGCAAAAUACUUCUUCUCACCUUAGCCCCGGAGAAAACAAUAUGCAGAGAGAAAUAGAAUUGUUGAGACGUGAACGAGAUCUCAUGCAACGCGAACUGGCUCUAGCACAGAGGGAAUUGGAGUUAGCGCGUACAAGCGCUUCCCCUCAGCCUAUUGAAACGCAACCCAAAGCCAAUAUAAGAGCUUUAACUGAGUUAUUAAGCGAUUUUAACGGAAGUCAAGACACGUUUACAAACUGGGAGAAACAACUAAACUUAAUAAAAUCAUCAUACAAUCUAGACGAUGAUCUAUGUCGCAUACUAGUUGGAUCGAAACUUAAAGGAAAAGCUCUAGAGUGGUUCCACUCGAAACCGGAGCACAUAGAAAUGAGCCUCGAUCAAUUUCUCCAGGAGAUGCAGACGAUGUUCGAUCACCGUCCGAACAAAGUCGCACUGCGUCGCCAGUUUGAAAACAGACGAUGGAAAAACGGGGAGACAUUUAACGAUUAUCAUCACCAAAAAAUUAUCUUGGCUAACCGUGUGGGAAUAGCAGAGGAUGAAAUCGUCGAUUAUAUUAUCGAUGGCAUUCCAGAUACUCGCUUGCAAGAUCAGGCCCGUAUGCAACAAUUCGGGGACAAAAUGUCGCUAUUGUCAGCAUUCGAGAAAAUCUCGCUCUCAUCAACAAGGAAUAGUGGAAAACCUGAGACGAAUUAUAAGGGGCACCCUAGACAACCAUCCUCGUUGUCGGAGAACUCUAGUGAUCACCGCCCGGUGCGAAAAUGCUUCUUCUGCGACAAGGAGGGACAUCUCAAGCCGCAGUGUCCUGAGUUCAAAUGCUUCUCGUGUGAUAAAUCGGGUCACAUUGCGAGAGAUUGCCCGAAUAGACCGAAAGAAGUAAACAACGUUCAUCCAGCUCCAGUCGAAGAGAACGAGUUUUGCCAAACCGUAUUGUAUACCAUGUAUCCUAACGAACACAAAGAAACGAUUCAAUUAUCGACAUUGUUGGACACUGGUAGCGCUAUAAGCUUUAUUAAACUCCGUUACGUUCCGAGUGACGCGAUCGAAUGCACGGAAGAUCAUAGUAACAAAUUUCGGGGUAUCAAUAAUAGUAAUCUUGUCGUCCUUGGGAUGGUUACUCUCGAUAUUGAAAUGAAUGGAAAAAUAGAAAGAUCGCUGCGAUUAAUGGUUGUCCCAGACUUUACUAUGAUCUCCUGUGUUAUCUUGGGCCGAGACGUUAUAAAGCGAUUUGGUCUCGGUUUGAAAAAUUCCGAAAAUGCGUACGAAGCAGAGAUCAUGAAUAUCGACGUCUCUUCGCCGGUUGAAGACGAAGCGGAUCUGUUGGAAAUUAACCCUACUAUACCUAUAAAAACACAAAAAGAAAUUAGACAAUUGUUCCGAGAAAAGUAUUUAGAGCCUGAACGUCCAGAAGAACCAAACGUAAAAGCGGAAUUUAAGUUAACGUUGACCAACCCCCAACAGUUUCGUUUUGCCCCUAGAAGACUCUCGUACGCGGAAAAAGAACGAGUCCAAGAAAUAGUAAAUAAACUACUCGAAAAGGGAAUAAUUAGACCGAGCGAGUCGGAGUAUGCUUCUCCCAUCGUAUUAGUAAAAAAAAAGAAUGGUGAGACACGCAUGUGCGUGGAUUAUCGAACACUAAACAAAAUGACCGCCCGGGAUAAUUAUCCCCUCCCACUGAUCGAGGAUCAACUCGAUAUAUUACAAGGCAAACGGUAUUUUACGAUGCUCGAUCUGAAAGAUGGAUUUCACCAUAUAUCAAUGGCCGAUGAAUCGAUAAAAUAUACGGCUUUCGUCACACCUUUCGGACAGUACGAGUAUGUGAAAAUGCCGUUUGGCUUGAAGGGUGCUUCAACGAAUUUUCAGAGAUGGAUAAAUCAAGUUUUGAAAGAGUUUAUCAACAAAGGGGAUGUUAUCGCAUAUCUCGAUGAUUUCAUGAUCGCGACAGAAACCAUCGAACGAAAUCUUUAUGUACUGGCAGCCGUUCUAGCCACGUUGGUCGCCAAUAAGCUGGAGCUUCGAGUGGACAAAUGCAAAUUUCUAUUUACUAACAUUACUUAUCUUGGCUAUCGAGUCUCCCAAGAAGGGAUAAGCCCGACUAACGAUGGUAUCACAGCAAUACAGAAUUACCCCGUGCCUCAAGAUGCUCGAGGCGUCAGACGCUUUCUUGGUAUGACCUCGUACUUUCGGAAAUUUAUCGAAGGAUUUUCGGUGAUGGCAAAACCGCUAUACGAGCUGUGUAAAAAAGAUACAACAUUUCGGUUUGGUCAGAGCGAAUUAGGGGCAUUCAAUUCACUAAAAGAAAAAUUAAUUCAAGCGCCCAUUCUUGCUCUCUACAACCCGUGCGACGAAACCGAGUUACAUUGUGACGGUAGUGCUCAGGGUUAUGGUGGCGUUCUGCUCCAACGAAAGUCCGACGGUAGGUUUCAUCCCGUCUUCUACUUUUCCAAGCUCACUAGCGAUUCAGAAAGCAAAUAUCACAGUUUCGAAUUAGAAACCUUAGCAAUAAUCUACGCUUUACGAAGAUUUCGGGUCUAUCUUCACGGGAUCAAGUUUAAGAUUGUCACGGACUGUGAUUCGUUGAAGAUGACCUUGAAUAAAAAGAAGUAA